UUGACAUGUAUGUGCACGCGAAAUGACUGUAAACAUGCUGUAAUCGAUGGUAGCAGGUUUGCAUGUUCGAAAAGUGCAUUUAAAGAUAAAAACGUUAGUGCAUUAAAAUUUUAAUUAAAACCAUAAGAGGUUAUCACACGAAUUAUUGUCAUCGGUAUUGUAGUAAGCUAGACUGUGGAAGAGUUGAUAGGCUAAAAGAGGUGCGAUGUAGCUAAAACGCCAGAAGUAGGCUAUCGAAGUGGAGAAGUUGCUUGUCAAUAUCAUAAACAACCAAAAUGGAGGGAGACGUGUAGGGAAACUAAUUAGGCAAUGUUAAACAUUCUCUGUCGACAUAGCUCAUCAGUCUAAGCUUCCCUGUCAAAGAGUCCUUUAACUUUAAACCAAUGGACAUAUAGUGAGGUCUGAAAUUGCUGCUGUUUGCGUUCUAAUUCGGUUCCUUCAUGACGCGGGCUUGUGGCGUUCUUGUAUAGGUUGCGCCGUUGAAUAUUGGUCGGUAAAUAACCAUUUGUCAUGCGGAGUUGCAAGAGAAGUACUUUCUGAUUGACACUUUUCCACAAUAGCCUAUAUCGUGAGAAAAUGUAUAGCCAUAUAGAUUACAGUCAGCAUCACACCGCCAUCGCUUAGUGCACGCUUUCAGGGAUGCAAGAAUCUGGUAAGGAGAGACAUAUGUUCCCUUGUGCGCGAGAUCAAUCAGAGUCCGAGGCUAUUUGGGAAACCAGACCACUGAUGUUGAGUGACAAUCUCUGAGUGAAAUCUGUGAGUUAGCCUAUAGAUUGGCAGUUGGCGAGAGGAUUCCCGGUGGUUUGCCAUGGAAUUUUUCGUGUCAUCAUAAAGUCCUGUCUUGCACGCGUUUCUUGUGCAACCUCAUGUUUUCUGAUGAAAAUUGUUUUGUUAAUUAUAAGAAGAUUUAAUUAGAAGUAUGUGGCCAAUGCAAGUUCUCAAGAAAUGCAUUAAGAUCAAAGUAUGUGCCCUCCUCUGUCUUACACCAGCUUAUUUGUGGCUAUUAGGACAAGUUUAGGCUAUUGUCCCGACUUCUCCAUACGCUUAGGGUAUAGCAGGGUAGCUGUAGGUUUGAAGGAGUAAUGAGACCUAUGGUUUCUUAAAGAGACAGAGGCACCUAUCUCCCCCACCUUCUGCUUUGUGAGAUUCAUAGUCAUUGCUCAUUGACUGUUAAGUUCCACUUUCAUUUCAAAGUUCCAUCUAGGCUAUUUGCUUAUGUCUGAGGUUGUAGUUUUGUUGAUGAGACAGUACAGAAAAUAAGUCAGGUUGAUGAGACUGUACAGAAAAUAAGUCAGGUUGACAUAUUGACAUUGAUUGUUCAAAUAAAAGAUAAUUAAGGAUACAGGGUGGAUUGUGGGCUAUGUAAAGAACAGUUUCUGCAUUAAAAAUGUCGAAUUGAUUAGACUGUUGGAAGUUAUUUGUAAAUCAGAUGUGACAAAUAAGAUUUAUUGUGACUAAAAUUAAUAAUUUUAUUGUUUGUCUUUGUUUGUUUGCUUUCCAAACAAGAUAAGAAAUAUACAUAUAUAAUUAAUUCCAUGAUGUCUGCUGAAGCAAUUUCAAGUAUUUGCUGUUAAUUAUGUUAAGAACAUUAUCUGGCCUUUUCUUAGAUUGUAAGGAUAUUUUAGGAUUAAAUUAUAUCUUGUGUUUGAAAGCUCUACUUUUUGCCCAGACAUAUCAUUUAUGGUAUACUUAUUUGGCUUGUCUGAUAUCUUGUUUAGUAUUGAUGGUUAAUCUUGUUUCGUAAAUGGUGCCUCAUCAUCCCAAAACCAUACUCCUUGAUAUACAUGCUGUUGUUGCAGAGAUGUGUGUUCAGAUGUUUAAACCUUAAGUGUUUUUUGUUUGUUUAUUUUGAUGUUUAGGGGUAAAGGCACACAAAAAACUUUCUUUUAGACAUUGCAUUAGAAACUUGCAUGCUAUUUUAGAAAUAUGUAGCGUACACUAAUGAUCUGGAAUUACUUUAAUUUUUAAUAACACAUUUAUAAUACUAAUAUAAUCUGUAAAUAAUCAGAAUAAUGUAACUGCUGUUGUUUUACAGUAUAGAAUAUUUUUAGGAUUUAAUAGGCUAAUAAAUUCAAAGAUUAUUUGCAAGACCUGCCUGAAACAGUUUAUUUAUAGAGAAAUCCUCUUAUCCAGUAUCAUACAUUCACAAAGUAUAAUUUUAGACUACAAGACUAAAUAAAAGGUGUAUUCCACAAAUUCAUAUAUAGCCUAUUUGCAAAUAAAACCCCAUUUAAAAAAAAAAAAUGGAAAUGAAAACAGAAUGUGAUAAUCUUCAAAUCUCGUAAACCCAUAUUUAGUUGCAGAAAGAUCAAAUGUUGAAACUGAUAUAUUUUACUAUUUUAAGGACACUGCAGAAACAACAGACAACAUAUAAAAUGUUGAAACUGACAUAUUUGACUAUGUUAUGACAAUUAUAUGCUCAUUUCAAAUUCGAUGCCAGCAACAUGUCUCAAAAAAGUUGAAAUGGGGCAGCAAAAGGCUGGAAAAGUUGUAUAAACACAAAGAGGAACAUUUCACAACUAAUUACGUGAACUGGCACGUGUACGUGAACUGGAACGUGUGUGGGCAAGUGCAAUAAUAUAAGAAUAAUGCUCCUCAAUGUGAAAUUACAAAGAAUUUUGGGAUUUCAUCAUCUAUAUUAGAUUAUCAUUCAAAUAUUGAGCGAAUUAAGAUAAAUAACAAGACAAGAUUGGAUGGCUGUGAUCUUCAGAGCCUGAUGGCACUGCCUUAAAAACAAACCUGUUUCUGUUAAAAAAAAAAAUAUAUAUAUAUUUGAUAACCACUGUCUAUGAACACAUUUUGAUGCUCCAUCCACAAAUGCUGGUUAAAACACUACCAUGCAAAAAAGAAACCAUAUUUUGACAUGAUCCAGAAAUGCCGCCGUCUUAACUCUGCUCCAAGCUAAUUUAAGAUGGAACUGAGGCAAAGUGGAAAACUGUCCUGUGGUUAGACCAAUCAAAAUAUGUAAUUCUUUUUGGAAAUCAUGGACUCCGCAUCCCCCGGGUUAAAGACAACUUGUUUUUAGUACACAGUUCAAAAGCCAGCAUCUAUGAUGGUAUGGGUGUGUUAGUGCCUAUGGCAUGGGCAGCCUGCACAUCUGGAAAGGGACAAUCAAUGCUGAAUGAUAUAGAGGUUUUUAGCAACAGCUGUCAUUCAGACAAUGUCUUUUUCCAGGAAGACCUUGAAUGUUUCAGGAAAACAUUGCCAAACUGCGUUCUAUGCCUAUUACAACAGUAUAGAUCCGUAGUAGAAGAGAUCAGGUGCUAAAAUGGUCUGCCUGCAGUCCAGACCUGUCACACUGAGUGCAUCAAGGAAUGAAAAACACAAUUAUGAGGACCCCAGACUGUUGAGCAGCUGACAUCCUAUUUCAGGCUAGAAUGGGACGACAUUUCAUCCUCAAACCUCAGUUUCCAAUAAUUUACACAUUGUUGUUAAGAGAAGACAAUUGAUAUAUUGUCUUUGCACAUAUAUAGGGUUAACAUGAUUUGAACAUCAUAGCAUUCUAUUUUUAUUUACAUUUUACACAUCAUCCCAACUUUUUUGGAAACGGGGUUUGUUCUUAAAUUUUGUCCACAGUUCAAAAGUCACAACUUUUAGUCUUACAAAAACUCCAGGAACAUAUAAUGUUGUUGUUGUAGUACUUUUAUGUACAGACAUGUCUAGAGAUUAAAUUUAUAUGCACCUUCAUAGAAGUUCAAACAGUAUGUGUGAAUCAGUUUCUCUUUGUUUUAUCUUGGCUUUAUGGUAUUGGUAACUCAUAUAAUGUUACCUAUUUGCCAUAAUUGCCUAUCAAAAAUGAAAUAUAAACUAAUACAAUAUUUAUUCAACAGUUUACUGAAGUGUCAUAAAGCUUAUACCUAUCCCAAAUUUAAACUGCUCAUUGUUGGCUUUUCUAUUAGGUUAAAAGAAACUUACUAAGGACUAUUCAAGUAUAGAGCUCAAUGACCAAAAUAUAUGCACCACAUUAAUGUCAGAAUGGUUGCUAGGCCCAGUAUCUGGUGACUUCACCAUUAUUCUGUUUACUAAAACUUCAACUCUGUCACUGAUUACGUCACAGUGAUUUCCAUCAGGCAGUGAAUUUCAGUGUAAGGGGGGAUAACUUGCUCGAGCAAGCUUUCCCGACAUUCAUAUGAUUCAACAUUAACCCACAAACUCACCUACAGCUGGUUCAGAUGAUUCACUGGUGUCUGUGAUGUUUUCAUAUGCAUGCUGUCCUUUGUACUGUUUUUCAUCACAUUCCUAUAGCCACAAAAUGAUAGUAAGGAGUUAGUGACCACAUUUAGUCUUAAAGUAAAUCUUACUCCUCCUCCUCUCUGUCCCACUUUGAUCCUGUUGAUGUUUUGUCCCCAAUUUUAUACAUGCCCACUCUCCUCUCUUUUCUUUGUUCCUCACUUUAGGUCGUUGGCUCCUUGUGGUGUUGAGAGUUUAGGGUCACUUACACUCUCAGCAUUGGGGCACAGUGCAUGCUACCACUCGGCCAGCCUGCCCUAAGUUGCCAUGGCCACAGUCACCCCUGGCGACUGCCCUCACACCACAGACCGAGCCAGGGUGAGGAAGAGGAGGGUGGAGGGCAAAGGGAGGAAGAAUUUUCUAUGCCAGCUGUGUGAGAAAGCCUUCAACAGCGUGGAGAAGCUCAAGGUGCACUCGUACUCACACACUGGCGAGCGACCUUACAGCUGCACUCACACCGACUGCACCAAGGCCUUUGUGUCCAAGUACAAACUGUUACGGCACAUGGCCACACACUCACCAGAGAAGACCCACAAGUGCACUUACUGUGAGAAGAUGUUCCACCGCAAGGACCACCUAAAGAACCACCUACAUACCCACGACCCCAACAAGGAGGCCUUCACCUGCAAUGAGUGCGGCAAGAGCUACAACACCAAGCUGGGCUUUAAGCGCCACCUGGCCCUGCACGCAGCCCACAACGGCGACUUGACUUGCCAGGUGUGCCUCCAGCCAUACCCCAACACUGCCCUGCUGCUAGAGCACCUGCGCGGCCACGCCGGCAAGAGCUCCUCGGCCGCCAAGGAGAAGCGGCACCAGUGUGAGCACUGCGAGCGCCGCUUCUACACGCGCAAGGACGUGCGCCGCCACAUGGUGGUGCACACGGGCCGCAAGGACUUCCUGUGCCAGUACUGCGCCCAGCGUUUUGGCCGCAAGGACCACCUGACGCGCCAUGUGAAGAAGAGCCACGCCCCUGAGCUGCUGCUGGCCGUCAAGGCCGAGCCGGUGGAGCUGGAGCCAAUCGCCUGCCAGCUGCCGGCUGCCCCCUGCGAGAUGGGAGGUGGCGCUGUGAAAGACGAGUUGUCCGUCCUCAGCGGUGGUGUGUUUGGCCCCUCCCCCCCAUUGACGCUGCGCUACCCGUUGGGCACUUCCUCCUACUCACCUCCUCCACCCCUUAGGGCGGAGCUAGAGACCUACCUGCUGGAGCUGCAGGGUCACUUACCCUCUGAGCCCGCCCACUCAGAGGACCUGCCCUUGCCCAAGAUUAGCAGCGCUGCUGCGGCGACCAGCGACUCCCUUAGCUCGUCGUCGCUGGAGUUCUCCCAACUCUUCAACUUCCUGCCCCUCAAUGGUCCCUGCUAUAGUCAGGCAGCUGGGUCAGCACUUGGGCUCUCCUACCCAGCAGAGGAGGGGCUGUCCCAGGAUCCCACUGCGGAGCCUGUCAGUCCCCUACACACUCUCUCCUCUACUUACACCCCGGGUCUCAGCACCCAUGCACAUACACACUCGGCCAGCCUGAGCACAACCACCACCCUGCCUCGCUUCCACCAGGCUUUCCAGUAACAUCCCCCCUCCCCCAACACACUCACACACACACUCCAAUACAGUUACGUACAACUACAAACAUUACCAGUCAAAGAACAGUCCUGAUGCCAGUAACACAUGAUGUGUCAUCACAGAUAUACCAUAUAUAGAGAUUUAUUUUGUGCUUUAUCAGAUAUUAUUCACAAACACAUCUUCUGAAGCCUGUAUCAUACAUUUGCCCAUACCAGCUCGUGCCUCACACACAAUGCCGUUUUACCCCCAUUUCUUCCCAUAUCUGAGAUGGUAUGGCUCAUUGCCGGCUGGCCCACUUCCAGAGGGAGGGCAGGAAUAGAGAAUGUGGUUGCAGUGAAGUGUUUCUCUGAUAGAAUCAACCUAGACUCUAGUAUUUUUUUUUUUUUUUUUAAUGAGAUGUUUCCAUUUAGCACUUUGAACUUUUAGUGAUGUGAGCUCCAUCACAGCUAACCAAUUUAAUGUUUUGAUGGUUUUCUUUUGUUUUUCUUUUUUUUCUGUUUGUAUGUGAGUCACUCAUAAGUUGUUUGGUACUAAAAGCCAGGCAUUUGAUUGACAGUUCUGAUUUCUACAAAGCCAAAGCUGACCAAACCCAGAGCCGCAGAGGACCUUCUUACCAGACCCAGCACUCUCUCCUUUCUUCAACAGUCCUCUCCUCUCCUUAUUUCACACCUACUCUUUCCUUCCCUCCUCUCCUGUUGACCUCUCUGGCCAUUUCUCGAUGCUGCUGUUCAGACUAGUAGAAAAGGACGUUGUUCUGCUUCCGUUCACAACCAAUAAAGGGAAAAUAGGUCAGACAUUUUACUUCAAAUCACAAACAUGCAAGAACUGAAACUGUAAUGAGUUUUUAACCAGUACUUAAAAUGUUUUGCACAGAUCUCUUCUGUAAGCAGCAAGUGGCACACACACACACACACACACACACACACACACACACACACACACACACACACACACACACACA